GUGUGGUAGUCCAUGAGGUGGGGGAACAGCAGUUAUCCUCACCGUGUUGAGAGUGCACAGCGUGCCGAACGAAACGCAGCCAUGGCUGGGGUGUUCGACAUCGACUUGGAUCAGCCGGAGGAAAACGUGUCCGACGACGAGAUUGAAGAGGCCCAGAUCAAUGAUUUCAUGGAGCAGUGCAGUGGAUUUGAGUUCAACAUAGAUGACUGUGAGAAGAUCGAAAUAUCAGAGGACAAUGUUAAUCAAGGAACAGAGAGCAUCAGGCCUGAGUGCUUUGAGCUCCUGCGGGUGCUGGGAAAAGGUGGUUAUGGAAAGGUGUUUCAGGUUCGAAAAGUUGUUGGAGCUGCUUCAGGCAAAAUAUUUGCCAUGAAGGUUUUAAAGAAGGCUAUGAUUGUACGCAAUGCUAAGGACACGGCCCACACCAAGGCAGAGCGCAACAUUUUGGAGGAGGUGAAGCAUCCCUUCAUUGUGGAUCUCAUCUAUGCCUUCCAGACAGGAGGAAAACUGUAUCUCAUCUUGGAGUACCUCAGUGGAGGGGAGCUCUUCAUGCAGUUGGAAAGAGAAGGCAUCUUCAUGGAAGACACAGCCUGUUUCUACCUAGCAGAGAUCUCCAUGGCUCUCGGGCAUCUGCAUCAGAAAGGCAUCAUCUAUAGAGACCUGAAGCCCGAGAACAUCAUGCUUAACAACCAAGGCCAUGUAAAGUUGACUGACUUUGGGCUAUGUAAAGAGUCCAUUCAUGAUGGCACGGUCACCCAUACCUUCUGUGGUACCAUAGAAUAUAUGGCCCCAGAGAUCCUGAUGAGGAGCGGACACAACAGAGCAGUGGACUGGUGGAGUUUGGGAGCACUGAUGUACGAUAUGCUCACAGGAGCGCCACCAUUUACCGGCGAAAACCGAAAAAAGACCAUUGACAAGAUUUUGAAGUGCAAGCUAAACCUCCCACCCUACCUCACACAAGAAGCUAGAGAUCUCCUGAAACGGUUGCUGAAGAGAAAUGCCUCAUCUCGGCUGGGUGCAGGGGCUGGAGACGCCACGGAAGUGCAGGCCCAUCCCUUCUUUCGACACAUUAACUGGGAGGAUUUGCUGGCCAGGAAGGUGGAGCCUCCUUUCAAGCCCUUCCUGCAAUCCGCUGAGGACGUGAGUCAGUUUGACUCCAAGUUCACCAGUCAGACACCAGUAGACAGUCCAGACGACUCGACCCUCAGCGAGAGUGCCAAUCAAGCCUUCCUGGGUUUCACAUACGUUGCUCCGUCGGUCCUGGAAAACAUCAAAGAGAAGUUCUCCUUCGAGCCGAAAAUACGCUCACCUCGACGGUUUGUGGGCAGCCCGAGAACACCUCUCAGCCCAGUCAAGUACUCAGGAGUGGAGUGCUGGUCCCGUAGCCCCCUCCUUCCCAGCGGAGGAGCUGGUCCUCAGUCUCCACCAGAGCAGGCCAUGGAGCUGUCCACCCCAGAGCAGAUGGACGUGACGGUGAGCUCUGAGGCCUCGGCCCCCCUGCCUAUCCGCCAGCCUGCCGGAGCCAACCUAGCUCAGAUGAAGCAACAAACCUAUCCAAACAUGGCCAAGCGGCCGGAGCAUCUACGUAUGAACCUAUGACCCACCACACAACUUUAGGUUUUUUGUUUUUUGUUUGUUUCUUGUUUUUUUUUUUUUUUGACUUUUUCUCUCUUGAUAUUAUUCUUUUCUUUGUAAGGAGGGGGAAAAAAAGCAAAAAGAGACAGAUGCCAGAGACAGUGGAAAUAUGAAUUGCACAUCAAUAUCCACACACAUACCGUCACUACCUGGAAUUUGGGGGUUGCUGAGACCCCAGGGAGUACAGUAAAAGUUCAACUGACUAAACUGUCACCUCUCAUCCUUCUUCACCUCAGGUCUCCUUUGACCUCUGUCCCUCGACCGCUGUUUAGCUGAACUGGAUUUAAUAGGACUGGACAUCUUCUGGGAACCACAGCCUUUUGUAUGACUGUGUCAUACUAUAAGAUGAAAUGAGAUAAUUUAUCACAAAGUACGCAUCUUAUUACUUAAACACUAAAAUGCAGUCAGUCAGUUGUGCUGUACCAGACUACAUCCAAAGUGCUAUGUGUGUUGUCUGAAUGAACGCUGAUGAGGAAAUUGCUUCCAUUUAAUGGUUGGGAGAUUUUGACAGCACUUCUUUCAGGGGGAAAGAAAAAAAGAAUGCUUCCAGGCCCUGAACAAUCCGAAUUAUUACCUUUUAAAGGAAAAAAAAAAAAAGACAUGAUUGGGAGCAGCUUUGAUAAGCAGAGGUUCUGAUGUUGAACACAGCUUUGUGUCUUAGGAUGUUUUACAAGACUGAUGCAUCAACUAUGCUAUAAAUCGAUGAUGGAUCAAUGAGAGCCUCAAUAAAAACAAAACAUUCACUUUUUACAUUCUCCUAGUAACAGUGUCGUGGAUGACUUAUUGACCAGCUUAUUUGAUAUGGACGCUGCGGUACUCUUCAGUCUUAUGCUAUAACGAGUGGAUCAGUCAGAUGACACAAAACCACAUAUGCCGAAGAUAACUGGUGUGACUUGC